AUAAAAUGAGGAAUGUUUAUGAUCAGGGAAUAAUUUGUCAUUUUAAAAAGAAUAGCACUAAAAAAAAGGAUGAGUGUAUCCCCGAGAAUCAUCAUGGGAGUUAAAUUGGACUUUGAUCAGAUUAGUGACAGAAAAUGAAACAUGCACCUACUACUUAUAGAGACUUUAUAUUUGACAUAGUUAUCUUCGAAUACAAGAGAUCUCAUCUGAUCACUGAAAUGGAACUCGAGCUCGGUCUGGCUCCGGCGUCCCAUGGUUUCCUGGACAUGACCGGAGAUUCUGACUUGAACGGCGGCGACAAAUCCGGGCCGGAGAAGAACCAGGCCGAGAUGGAGAUGACGAGGAAGAAGAAGAAACGGAGUUUCGAUGAGGCGGCGUCUGAGAGCUCCGGGCGGCCGGAGAAGAGAACGCUUGCUCUGUUUCGAUGGGGCGGGAAGGGAGAUGAUGACGAGGACGACGAUGGAAAUGGCGCAGAGAAGUUGAGGAAUUGCCUUGUUCAUCAAAGGAGGUUUGAGGAAGAAAGCACAAUAGUGGGGUGGCCACCCAUAAGAUCAUGGAGGAAGAGGGCUCUACAUGAGCAGCAGGGGCACCAAUGGGGUGGGUGGGUGUUUGUGGCAAAUAAUGCAAGAUUUAACAACAACAACAACAACAAUAAUAAUAAUAAUAAUAAUAAUAGUAAUAAUGGUGGGAAAAGCUCUACAUAUGUGAAGGUGAAGAUGGAGGGUGUGGGCAUUGGGAGAAAAGUUGAUCUAAGUCUCUAUCAUUCUUACCAAGUUCUCACCAACCACUUGAUCAACAUGUUUGCAAGAUAUCGAAAUUGUGACGAAAAUGGAAGGGGUUAUACCAUAUUGUACCAACACAAAAAAGGAGACUGGAUGGUUGCUGGUGAUGUUCCAUGGACGACAUUUGUGGGGUCAGUUCGCAAGAUAGAAAUAUUGAAGAGUAGAAAGUGAAGAUGAAAAUUGUGAUUGAAAUAGGCAAUUUACAAUUUGUUCAAUUAAUUACACAUAUCUUUAUUUAAAAUCAUAUCCAUAUUAGGGCAUAUCUAUAAAUUAUGUGUGUGGCAGGACACACUUUGUGCUGGUAUUUAUUAGCUCAUUGUUGAUAAAUAUUUUUUUAACUAAUAAACUAUUUGGAAGCCAAAUAUUGCUUCGUGGAAGUAAAAUAAGUGAUUUGGAAAUACAUACUAUACAUUGUG